AUUUGAUCAGGACUAAUGAAACUUUAAAAUAAUGGCAUUAAAGCUUCUGCAUGAGAUGGUACGUGAGGCUGCAUUAGAGCACGGUGAUAGAAAAGCUGUUGUUUGGGAUAGUUCUCAGUCUCCUGCUACUAAUCUGACCUAUCAGCAGCUUCUCACUCUGGGGAAUGAUUUGUGCACUAAACUGCAGAGAGCUAUAAGAGAGAUUCAGAAUGUUAUAGGAGUGUACUGUGAUCUAAACAUCCUCCUCCCAGCAUGGAUCCUUGGAAUUCUGCAGUGGCCUGCUGCUUAUGUUCCUCUUGAUCCAGCCUCACCACCUCUACUUACCAUGAGAAUGAUGGAAAAAUGUCAUUUGAAGUUCUGCCUAAUACAGAGCAGUUUGCUCCAGCAAUUUCUGAAUGCAUUUUCCAGAUUGUUGUCUAUUGAAGUCUGUGCAACAUGGUCAGCACUUAACCUUACUUUAGUCAAGAUGCACAGUGAUCCACAGACAGAGAACAACCAAGAACCAAAUCAACUCAGUGCAGCUGUUUCUAAAAGUGAACAACAGGCAGAACAGCUGGCAUAUGUUUUGCACACAUCUGGAACAACAGGGCUUCCUAAAAUAGUAAAAGUCCCACACAAGUGUAUUGUACCUAAUAUAGUCCAUCUCAGAUCUAUAUUUCAGGUAACUCCAGAGGAUGUUGUAUUUCUAGCAUCACCUUUAACCUUUGACCCAUCAGUGGUGGAGAUGUUUUUGGCUCUAUCUUCUGGAGCUUGUCUUCUGAUGGUUCCCACAGCUGUAAAGAGAAUGCCGGGCAGGCUGGCCCAGGUCUUAUUUAAACGAAACACAACCACCAUCCUACAGGCCACCCCAACAUUAGUGAGGCGCUUUGGGGGACUUCUCCUAAAGGAGGAGGUACUAAGUGCCAGAUCCUUGUUGAGAGUGUUGGCCCUUGGUGGAGAGCCGUGUCCAUCACUUACUAUCCUCAAAAGCUGGAGACAGGAGGGCAAUAAGACUUGUAUUUUUAAUCUCUAUGGCACCACAGAAGUUUCAUGCUGGGCAUGUUGCUACGAACUUCCAGACGACCUCUUCUUUUCAAACCCCAUGACAGCUGCAUCUGUGCCUCUUGGGGAGCCUCUAAGGGACACUGUUGUGGAAGUAAGAGACGAGAGAGGAUGUUUGGUGACUGAAGGAGAAGGCCAAAUUUUCAUAGGUGGCCGGGAGAGGGUGUGUCUGCUAGACGAUGAGAUAUGUACUGCUAAGGGAGUGAUGCGUGCUACAGGGGACUGGGCGAUGGUGCAGAACUCUCAACUAUAUUAUCUGGGAAGGAAGGAUAGGCUGGUCAAACGCCAUGGCCAGCAGGUACACCUUAAUGCACUGCAACAGGCUUUGGAAAGUUUGCCUGAGGUGGAUACCGCUGUGGUCAGUCUACAUGACAGCAGCAGAUUGGUAGCUUUUGUAGUGCCCACCUCCAACCACAGAAACAUCGCCUUGGAACAUAAGGUUUACCAAGAAGGUCAUGUCCACAACAACACUGAGGUCUUAGAAGACUCAUCAUUUUCCUCUACAUCUCUUGAGAUGGCAGUUUCUCAGGGACUCUCUCAGCUCGUGCCCAGCCACUGCAUUCCAGAUACUGUGUUACUGGUUCCAGAACUGCCACUCACCAAUCAUGGGAAAGUAGCAAUGGAGAAGCUAAUGAGAAUGUAUGAAAGACAGAGAGAGAUCAGUGGUAAACACACUGCACUGGAAGAUGUAGAGACUGUAAGGGAAAGACUGCAGACACUAUGGAAGGAAUGUCUUGGUCUUCCAGAUGAUGUGGUCAUCACAGAAGAUGCCCACUUCAUGUUAAGUGGUGGGGAUUCCCUUCAAGCUCUGCGGCUCUUUGAUCACAUCACUCUUACUAUGAGAGCGUCCUCUACAGGUCUGCUAGAGGUCAUUCUAGACGGCACUUUCUCAGAUGUACUGAAACACAUCACCACACCAACACAGCACAAUCCUAACCAGACAUCAUCCAAGAGACAACUUGAAGAUUCUACACUAGCUAUACCAGCCAAAAGAUACCACACAGAAGUGACCUCCAACAUAAACCCGGAGACGCCCAUCUCACCUGUAGUUUUCUCAGAGAGAGGAAGUAUGGGAUUUGUACUCGUUAGAAGAGCUGGAGAGGUUAUAGACUGGAAUUACUCUCGAAGUAGAAAGCAGAGUAAAAUUACAGAAGACAAGUCACAAGAUUCAUCAAGUGGAAAUAUUAGUACCUCAUCUCUGAGCAAACCAAGUCAGACUGAGUUCUCGGUAAGACCCAUAAACACAGACCAGGAUAUUCCAUCUGGAAAGGAGAAAGGUCAGGACAUCACAUCAGUGGAUCUACCUCUUGAGAUGUGGGUCUGCUGGAGCUCCGAUACGGGCAGAUGUGUGGACGCCUCACCGGUCCUGCUGGUACGUUCUGAUCGGGCCAUCGUCUUCAUCGGCUCUCACUCACACAGACUGCAAGCUCUGGAUCUGAGCACUGGAGAGGUGCUCUGGGAGCGGGUGCUAGGAGGCAGACUAGAAUCCUCUGCGGCUGUUUCAAAAUGUGGGAACCUCGUAGCAGUAGGCUGUUAUGAUGGACAGGUGUAUUUUCUGCAUGCGGACACAGGAGAGACAUGCUGGAUGUUCAAAACAGAAGAUACAAUAAAGAGUUCUCCCACUGUAGAUUCUCAGACUGGACUGGUUAUUGUUGGUUCACAUGAUGGACAUGUCUAUGCUCUUCAACCACAGAUGAAGCAGUGUGUGUGGAAAUACUAUUGUGAAGGUGGUGCAGUGUUUUCCUCCCCCUGUGUCCACUCUUUCCCCAGACGGCUGUAUGCUGCCACAUUGAGAGGGCAGCUCCACUGUCUCAAUCCAGAUAGUGGUAAACUUCUGUGGAAGUACUGCAGCAAAGCUCCAUUUUUCUCCUCUCCUUGCUGUUCUGUUACCUGUGUGUGCAUUGGAUCAGUAAGUGGAAACAUCAGUGCAUUAAACCAUGAUGGAAGUCUGUUAUGGGAGUUUGUCACGGAUGGACCCGUCUUUUCAUCACCAAGCUUUGUUUCACUGCCAUCUCUGACCAGUGACGAAACCAGAUCUACUGAGUAUGACAGUUCCGCAUCAUUGUCUCCAGCAAAUCAAGCAGUUGUAUGUGGAUCACACGAUGGCUCUGUGUACUGCUUAAAUUCCAAAGAUGGAUCAAUACUGUGGCGCUUCCAGACCACAGGCAAGGUGUACUCCAGUCCAUUUGUUUUUGAUGGUUCUCUAUGGGGCACUAGAACCCUGGUAGCUGCAGCUUCAACUGAUGGAACAAUGUGGAUAUUAGAUGGAGAGCAGGGAACGCUGAAAGCAUAUUUUGUCUUUUCAGGAGAGCUCUUCUCCUCUCCUAUUGUGUGGGGACGAAACAUAGUUGUGGGAUGUCGGAACGACUAUGUGUACUGCCUGGAACUGUCUAAUAGAAAGGAACGACCGAAUAAUGUUUAAAGUAUGCAGUGUGUUAGUAAAAGUAACCACCUCUGCAUCCUUAUGUAUCGAAGACUAUGGACAUUAAU